AUGGGGCAACGUGCGAAGGAGUUUAUACAUUCGCAAGGCCACACGUCAAUGAAAAUUCAAUUUAUGCAAGACACAAAACUCGCUGAUCUUACUUGUCGGCUUGGAGAACCAUACGUAUACAUACACCAAGGGAGAUGCGAGCACCUUUUGGUUUUCAGAAACAUUUGUAUGCGGCAAACUACAGACAAGAUAUCUUUGGAAGAUUAUCCAAUUUGCACAUAUUUGAAAAAAUUCAAGUCUGUCAUAUGUCGUAUCUGUGAAGAGAAAGCAAGCAGAAUUGUAGUGGCCCCCAAAUCAACGUGGAAUACUUUGGCUGAAAAAACUCUCAACACGUAUAGACUGAACGAUUCUCCAUGUUUUAUUUGCAACACCUGUUUUGCGAAGUUUGCAUUGGACGAGGAUGGGGAGAAAAGUUUUCCAUUCGUUUCCGCGCCGUUUUUCGAUAAGAAUACUGUGAAACAU